UUCUUCCAUUUUACUCGCGUACACACAUGAUGAUAAAUCGCGGAAAAAGCUGAGUCGUCGAUCGAACAUUUCAGAUUCGAAUAACUCGUGAGAAAAAAAAGAAUCGUCUGGAUUAUGGAUGUAUAAACGUGCCGUUGUUCGAGGAAUUUUCAACUAAACUAUAUAAAAGGAGAAAAAGUCAUGAGGAAAACGCGGUACAGAUACGACAAAUUUGUGAUAAUAUACCGAGGAGACUGUUCGCGGUAAGGACAUCUCAAUCGGUGGGUGACGACGUCGGAUGUCGUCCCUAUUAUUGCAUCGCAAAUACUGUAACGACGACAACGACGAAGAAAAGCCAACAUCGCGUCGUUAAUACCAAAGGAAAACGAUCGAUAUACUCAUAGUUUUACUGUAACACAUCUCGUUCACAGUUAGCCUCGUUAUCGUGGACUCUAGCCAAAUCGGGACGCGGGUCAUUAUAUUGGGCUUCGGUGGUAAAGGUGAAUUAUCCGAUCGCUCGUCGUUGCCGCCGUACAGUCACGUGGUAAUAAAGUGCCGACCUCGAGUGACCCUGAAGUGACCUUGCAGUGAUGAAAUUGUAAAAAAAAAAUAUUCACUCUACCUGCGGUUAUUGUCGUCAUAGCACAUCUACGAUAUAAUUCAUUGUUUACCGAAUUGUCGUCGCGAGAUAAGUAAAAUAGAAAAACACCAACCCCCGAAAUGUCUACCGCGCGACAAAAUUCUACCAGACGCAAUCGCUACUCGAGAUCGUCGACCACCAGCGUUACUCAGUUACUUAGCGAUUCAUGUUCGAGUCUUCUUCAGCGAUUGACCACACGGGUUCGCGGCCCCUCCACCACCGUUGAUCGAUCUUCGUCCUCGAAUAUUAUCCCCGCCGUCGUAAGUUUGGGAAGCACCAGGUCCCGGCUCGAGGAUAAAUACUCUUCGGUACUAGAACGUUAUGGGUCAAGAAAACGAGAUGACAGCUACUCCCACAGGCUCGACCGUGAUCACAGUUACUGUAGGAGAGACGGUAGUUAUAGGAGAGACGAUAAAACUCUCGAGCCGAAUUCACCCGCUCGAGGAAGCGUCGUUGCCGCUGGAGCUGUGAGUGCUAAAAAUUCGGCGAACGUUCUCCUAUCGGAAAAAGCUUAUCCUUACGUUAGCACGUCAUCCGCAACAGCGUCGGCCGGUGUGACUCGUGAAAAAACACCUGGCUAUCACAGAUCGGGCGAGAGGAGAUCUCUGCUUUCGUCGGAGUCGUUCAGAAGAUACGGGAGGCACAAAAGUGGACACGCCGACAGUCGACCCUCGAGAAAAGUGCGGCCCCACAGGACCGGGAGGAGCGAACAGGCCGACAGAACCCCCGGUAUGCGACAAUUGAGACCGGUAGAAUUCGAUCCGAGGUCCAUAGAGCAGAGAUCUGCGGAAAUUUUGGAUCCCGUUGAUCCGGAUAGGACGCCAACCGCCACAGUUGACGACGUUGCGACUGCCGCGGAUUUAGCGGUUUCCGAAAGAGAAGCGAAAAGGAAAGAGAUUCAGAGUUUGAUAUUAAAGUAUGCCGCUUUGGACGAUGUACCUGUAACUCCAGCGGCUGCUGCUGAAGGGAGUUCCGUAAACGAUACGAAAUUAAAACAACCGCAACAGCAACCGAUUAGUACGACGGAUUUAAUCGCAUCUAAAUAUCAACGGCCUGUCGCGGUCGCGUGUCCGAUUGAAAAUCUUCUGCAGGCGAUGCCUAGCCCUCGACCACCCUCCGUCGAGGAUGACGAAGAUGGCCAUCUUGUUUACCGAUCCGGCGACAUCCUGGCAAAUAGAUAUAAAGUUCUGGCCACCCUGGGUGAGGGUACCUUUGGAAAAGUUGUCAAGGUUAAAGAUAUGCAAAUGGAUCACGUAAUGGCCUUGAAGAUUAUUAAGAACGUUGAGAAAUACAGGGAGGCUGCCAAACUUGAGAUAAAUGCUUUAGAAAAAAUUGCUCUCAAGGAUCCAGAAUGUCAGCACUUGUGUGUAAAAAUGUUGGAUUGGUUCGACUACCACGGUCACAUGUGCAUCGCCUUUGAAAUGCUCGGACUGAGCGUGUUUGAUUUUUUGAGAGACAACAAUUAUCAACCCUAUCCCCUGGAUCAUGUGCGGCACAUGGGCUACCAGUUGUGUUACGCUGUGAAAUUCCUCCACGACACUAAACUCACGCACACUGACCUCAAGCCAGAGAACAUACUCUUCGUUGACUCUGAUUAUGACUUAUCGUACAACAGUAAAAAGAGGAUGGAUGUAAGGCGUGUGAAGAGAACAGAUAUCAGACUAAUCGAUUUUGGCAGUGCUACUUUCGAUCACGAACAUCACAGCACAAUAGUUAGCACAAGGCAUUACAGAGCACCCGAAGUAAUUUUAGAAUUAGGGUGGGCACAACCCUGCGAUGUGUGGUCCAUUGGAUGUAUCUUGUUCGAGUUAUAUUUGGGCAUUACCUUGUUUCAAACCCACGACAAUAGGGAACACCUAGCAAUGAUGGAGAGAAUACUGGGAACGAUUCCGCAUCGUAUGGCACGUAAAACCAAAACUAAAUACUUCUAUCACGGUAAAUUAGACUGGGACGAAAAAAGCUCUGGCGGAAGAUACGUCAGAGACAACUGCAAACCCUUACACCGUUAUUUACUCUCGGAUGACGAAGAACAUAUGCAGCUGUUUGAUUUGAUCGGGCGAAUGCUUGAGUACGAGCCAACCCAGCGUAUAACAUUGAAGGAUGCUCUGAAUCAUGCCUUCUUCGACGCUUUGCCCGCAUCGCAACGACUACCGGAUCUCCGGGGUACCGGUGACCAUUCUGUUCCGACACACGAGCGAUCACACUCGUUAUCGCGAUGAAGGUAGAGAUGGGACCAAUUAUUUAGCUAAACGAACACCCUCUCGCCAAUGUUGCUUCGCAAUUCCGCCGAUGUAAUAAAUAUGAUCCCUGAUAAUCGGUUCGAUCCUAAGUGUAAUUAUCGGAGUAAUUUUGUCUCAUAUUUUAAAAACUUAAUGACAUUUCGCUGCUAAUCAAAGUCAAAAGCAGAUUUAGUUCUCCAAUAAUUGAAGGACUUCGGCCGUUGAUGUGUUCUCGGUAUUGAUUGAACAACGGUUACACCCACCCGCGCAAUUAAUGACUAAAUAAUUAACGAUGACAGAGUCUUGGUGCUGGCACGUAAGAUCUGGUGUUUACGUUUAGUUGAAAUAAGUGUCCCAGUUUAUCUAAAACCUAUUUUAAAUCCACUCAAAUCAAUUUCUGUACAUUUUAAUAUUUUUAUUUUAUCACUCUGUAUCGUCAUGCAGAAAUUUUUCAAGUUUCAAAUACAACUUGUUAAGAAAUAAUGAAAGGGCGAUCGUUCGUUGUGGGAUUUAGGAAUUAUUUUACAAUGGUGUCAUCGUAUUCUCAGAGUAGCUGAGAAUCUCGAAGAUAGCGUUAAAUUAGAAUUAAUUUAACCUGAAUUUCGAAACCCUGCAUCAGAAGAAUCAAGAAGAUGUUACGAAAGUUGUAACGUCCUAUCGAUGGCAGGUUGUGAUAGUACCUGCUAUUGUUUCACCCAAACGAAGUACAUUUACUUGGUGGUAACUUUGUGUAUAUAUAUAUGGAUAUGUCUAUAUGAAAAUAUAGAUACAUAUAUUUCUUGAUGAAUUAAUUACAUAAGAGUAUGAUAGCCAAUGGAUCAUUUUCCGUUAUUUGAAUUUGUUUUCGAAUUUUAAAGAGGACUGAGUUCGUUAACGUUUCUAUGUACGAGGUUUUCUUUCUUUUUUUUUUUUUUUCUUUUUUUCUUUUUAUAAGUGAGCGAUUGAAUGAGUUCUGAAUUUUCGUUCCAGUUACGAGUACUAGACAAUUGAUAUUAAACGAAAAACCGUUCUGUAUAUGAUGCAUAAUCUCCUUACUUACAUAGGUAUAAUAAUAAUUACCAAUUUUAACUUCUUAUUUAUGUAAAUAUGUGAUGUAUAACGUCAGUUGUGAUUCAAAAAGAAAUCAAUCUUUGACUUGGUUUUGCCUCAAUAAUAACUUAACAUAUAUUAGCAAUUGACAUCAUUUUAUUCUAUUUUCAGUUUUUUUUUUUCUUUUUUUUUUCGUACACCAAUGAGAAAAAUUACCAUUCACUAGAUCAUACAUCUAGCAAUUUCGUUUCAAUAAGUUUGAAUAAUGGUUAUCGGUAUGAUGAAUUCAAAAUAAUAAUAAAACAAAAAUACCAAAUAAUGAGAAAAUGUAUAUAUAAAAAUUUAUACAUAUAUGUAUACAUGCCCCGUAUUCGACGAUGAAAAGCUUUUAAAGUAGGGGGAUCAUUAUUUUAUUGUAUCUGUACAAUUGAUAAAAAGGUUGUGUAAUAAUACACAUACAUACCUAUGAGAAACGAUACGAUUAAAAAUAUAUUACCUUAAGCACAGUAUAA